CCACGGAGCGGGUAGCGGCGGGGCAGGCGGCUCGCACGGCCGCUCCGACGGGCUUGAGGAAGAGGAGGAGGUGGAGGAAGGAGGGAGGGAGGGAGGAAGGGGGGGGGCCGGGUCUCGCGUUCAUUCCCCCCCCCUUCCCGCCUCCCGCGAACCCCGAUGCCGCCGGCCUGAGCCCGCCGGGACGAUGCUGCCGCUGCUGCCGCUGCUGCUGUUGGGAGCCCCGGGGCUGAGCCUGCCCUCGGCGGGGCUUCCCCGGGCAGAUACCGAGGUGGUCACCCCGCUCCGCCUGGAACCCGACAUCAACGGGCGGUCUUCCUUCAGGCGGGGUCCCAUCGAACCCCCCCGGGGAGGGCAAGCCGUGGUUUUCCAGCUCUCGGCUUUCGGGGAGGAUUUCUACCUCCACCUCUCCCCCGACGCCCAUUUCAUCGCGCCCGCCUUCGCCGCCCACUACCUGGGGGUCUCUCCCGGCGCCGCCCGCCCCCUCCCCGCUCUCCGCCACUGCUUUUACUCGGGGGAUGUCAACGCCGACCGGGAAUCUUUCGCCGCCCUCAGCCUUUGCGGGGGGCUCCGGGGGGCUUUCGGUUACCGUGGAGCCGAGUAUGUCAUCAGCCCGCUGUCGGGGGGCGCCGCGGGGGGAGCGCACCGCCUCCAGCGCCGCAGCCCCGGCCGCCCCCCCGGGGCAGCAGCGUCCCGCUGCGCCGUGGGCUCCGCGCUCACCCCCGGGGUGCUGCAGGCGCUGGACAAGUACCGGGGACGCGGAGGGGGGAAAGGGGGUCGGGCCAAGCGUUUCGCCUCGGUUCCCCGUUACGUGGAGACCUUGGUGGUGGCCGACGAGUCGAUGGUGAAGUUCCACGGGGACGACCUCCAGCAUUACUUGCUGACCCUGAUGGCGACGGCAGCUCGUCUUUACAAGCACCCCAGCAUCCGAAAUCCCAUCCAGAUCUCCGUGGUGAAAUUCCUCCUCAUCGGGCAGGAUGACAAAGGGCCCAAGGUGACGGGCAACGCCGCCCUCACCCUCCGCAACUUCUGCGCCUGGCAGAAGAAGUGGAACAAGGUCAGCGACAAGCACCCCGAGUACUGGGACACUGCCAUCCUCUUCACGAAGCAGGACCUGUGUGGUGCCACCACCUGCGACACGCUGGGCAUGGCAGACGUGGGCACCAUGUGUGACCCCAAGCGCAGCUGCUCCGUCAUCGAGGACGACGGGCUGCCCUCGGCCUUCACCACUGCCCACGAGCUGGGCCACGUCUUCAACAUGCCCCACGACAACGUGAAGGCCUGUGAGGAGGUCUUUGGUCGCCUGAAGACCAACCACAUGAUGUCCCCCACCCUCAUCCAGAUCGACCGUGCCAACCCCUGGUCAGCCUGCAGCGCUGCCAUCAUCACCGACUUCCUGGACAGCGGCCACGGUGACUGCUUGCUGGACCAACCUGCCAAACCCAUCCCUCUGCCUGAAGACCUGCCGGGGACCAGCUACAGCCUGAACCAGCAGUGUGAGCUGGCCUUUGGUGUGGGCUCCAAGCCCUGCCCCUACAUGCAGUACUGUGCCAAGCUGUGGUGCACGGGCAAGGCCCGGGGCCAGAUCGUCUGCCAGACCCGUCACUUCCCUUGGGCAGACGGCACCGGCUGCGGCGAGGGCAGGUUCUGCCUGAAAGGUGCCUGUGUUGAGAGGCACAAUGUCAGCAAGUACAGGGUGGACGGCGGCUGGGCCAAGUGGGCUCUGUACGGGCCGUGCUCGCGGACGUGCGGCGGCGGCGUGCAGCUGGCCAAGCGCGACUGCACCGACCCCCUGCCCGCUAACGGCGGCUCCUACUGCGAGGGCAUCCGCGUCAAGUACCGCUCCUGCAACCUGGAGCCCUGCCCCGCUGCAGUGCCAGGGAAGAGCUUCCGUGAGGAGCAGUGUGAAGCUUUCAAUGGCUACAGCCACAGCACCAACCGCCUCACUGCCUCCGUCUCCUGGGUCCCCAAAUACUCCGGCGUCUCGCCACGGGAUAAGUGCAAACUCAUCUGCCGGGCUAACGGCACCGGCUACUUCUACGUGCUGGCACCCAAGGUUGUGGAUGGCACCCCGUGCUCCCCAGACUCCACCUCGGUCUGCGUCCAGGGCAAAUGCAUCAAGGCUGGCUGUGAUGGGAAGCUGGGCUCCAAGAAGAAGUUUGACAAGUGCAGUGUCUGUGGAGGAGACAACAAGAGCUGCAAGAAGGUCUCAGGCUUGUUCACCAAACCCAUGCACGGCUACAACUUCGUGGUGGUCAUCCCCGCGGGUGCCUCCAACAUUGACAUCAGGCAGAGGGGCUACAAAGGGCUGAUCAGCGACGACAACUACCUGGCUCUGAAGAACGGGCAGGGCAAGUACCUGCUCAACGGCCACUUCAUCGUCUCGGCCGUGGAGAGGGACCUGAUGGUGAAGGGCAGCGUCCUGCGCUACAGCGGCACCGGGACGGCCGUCGAGAGCCUCCAAGCCUUCAAACCCAUCCAGGAACCCCUGACUUUAGAGGUGCUGUCCGUGGGGAAGAUGACCCCUCCGCGAGUACGCUACUCCUUCUACCUCCCCAAGGAGAGCAAAGAGGACAAAUCCUCUUACAAGAAGGAAAGCAAGACCCCGCCGGACCUCAACAACAGCGUCCUCAGCCUUUCCAACCGCUUGGAUGGCGGGAGGCCGAACUACAAACGUCCCUCUUACAAGUGGGCUGCAGGGGGUUGGGAGGCCUGUUCCGUUACCUGCGGUGACGGGCUCCAGAAGCGCUCCGUGGCCUGCCGAGACUCCUACGGGCAACCGGCCGCCGAGUGCGACGCGGCGCAGCGACCGGCCGACGUGCGGCUCUGCGGGGAGCCCUGCCCCGCCUGGGAAGCUGGACCUUGGUCUUCUUGUUCUAAAAGCUGUGGUCGGGGUUUUAAGAGGAGGGCGUUGAAGUGCUCGGUCCCGACCGGGCGCCUGUUGCCCCGGGAGAGUUGCAAUUAUCGGAGGAAGCCGCAGGAGUUGGAUUUUUGCACCUUGAGGCCGUGCUGAGCUGGUCAAGGGGUGUCUGUGAGGAAAGGGCACGGUGUUCCUCUGGCUGGAAAGGCAGCCAGGGGUUGGGAGAGGGGGAGAUGUCCAUAGCA